AUGGCGAAAAAUGCAACGUCGUCCGCCUGGGACGAUGCUGCGGAGAUUGCACUGUUGCGUUGCAUUUCUCUUUAUCGUCCAUUGGGUAUUGAUAGACAUUUUCACAUGGUAUGCAUUCUGAAUGCGCUCGAGACCAUGUCAGGCAACCCUGACUUGCGUGAUUUGUUACCGUGCCACGUAUGGGACAAGCUUGGCGAAUACUACAAUUUGGAGGGACUUAACGAGCAAGAAGAUGCGUCUGAUGAUGAUACUGAGCCUAAAUGGUUAAGAAACUAUGAGAAAAAUAAAGAGCUGCUUCAGUCCAACGAGGCUGCUCGAACGAGGGUUUUGGAGGGAUUAGACGAAGAAGAAUUUGCGUUGCAUCCCAGGAUCAUGUUUGAGUCACUACUGGAGCCACGUCGCUUAGAAGAACAAGCCGCAGACCAUGUUAUCCAGAAAGAUGCUACUUGUGUGGUGCCUUCCACGUCAGAAGAUGACCUUUCAGACGAUGAUCCAGAUCCGGCAACUGGUAGCCACAGAAGCAGCGACCGGGAUUCUCGCCCGUCUCUUGCAUCAAGCACACGAAGAAUGACGCGCAAGCGACAGCAUGAGGAGGAAGAUGCUGCAACUGGUGUGAAGGAUGGUGCCUCCGCUGUGCCUACGCGAGCCGGUAAGCGGCGUCGCAAUGCCAAAAGUGAAGCGGACAGUUCAGAUACCCUGACCCGGCCUAUCACAACGAGACGACAACAACGCCAAGCCGAGGAGCGAGAAUCAGUGGAUGCAGAGGACGUGAAGUCCGGUGGUGUGUCUAAUUCUACUGAAGAAGGUGCCGGCAGUACUCCAAGAGCAUCUCGCAGUGCCUCUGCUAGGCGACAGUCGAGCUCGGCGGGCAGGAACCAAAACGUCUCUGGUAGUUCACACGCAUCACCUUCACCAGCAAGCCGGACUGCACGGCCACGCCGCCUAUAG